AUGGUUAAAUCUAAUCUAGACUUAAUUGAUGAAUGCGAUAGUUUCCCGUAUCAUCAAGAUGACCCCGCAGCCUACGUGACUCAUAUGAAGAAGUACCACUCCUUCAAGGUUAAAGGCUACAGUGCUGUCCUAGGACAUAUUUUGAACGAGGUGGUAGAUCGAUUCGAUUGGCCCGCCGAGUCUUGGGUCAUCGAUCCCACCGAGCGAACAGUGACCCUGAUCGCAGGUUCAACACCAGAAGAGCGAAACAAGGUGCUAGACCAGACUCUCGAGUUAGCAGUCAAGCAGGACCGCUUUGAGGUGCUGCGGGGAUGGCGCAAUGAAAAAUAUCCAAUUUACGGUCCCAAUGGGGAAUACCUGCUUGAGCUGGAGCGAUCUGCCACUCCGCUUUUUGGGAUUGUCUCCUAUGGCAUCCAUUCUACGGCUUAUGUUGAGGAUGAUGGGGGUCUGAAGAUCUGGGUACCGAGGCGAUCAAAGACGAAGCAGACGUAUCCAGGAAUGCUGGAUAAUACUGUUGCAGGUGGGAUGACUACUGGAGAAAGGCCAUUCGAGUGUCUUGUUCGCGAGGCCAUGGAGGAGGCGUCCCUUCCUGAGGAUGUGGUCAGGGCUAAUGCUUCCGCUGCGGGCUGUGUUUCGUAUGCAUAUUUACGGGAUAGCCGAGCCGGUGGUGAAACGGAUCUAGUGCAGGCUGAGGUUGAAUAUGUCUACGAUAUCAAACUGCCUGCGGAUGUUGUUCCGAAACCUAACGACACCGAGGUGGAGGAGUUCUGCCUGCUUACAGUUGAGGAUACGAAGAAGGCAUUGGCUAACAGGGAGUUCAAGCCCAACUGUGCUGUUGUCUUGAUUGAUUUUUUCGUCCGACAUGGCAUCUUAACGGCCGAGAACGAGAAGGAUUUCCUGCAAAUCAUAACAAGGAUUCAUCGCCGGUUGGAAUACCCGACUGCGUCGCAUGUUGCGAAAUAG